CCUCGAUACGUUUUAGCUUCAAAUCUCUCUCUCUCUCUCUCUCUCUCUAUAUAUAUAUAUAUCUAUAUAUAUAUAUAUAUAACUGUAAAAGGUUUUACUUGUUUCUCAUAAAUAAACUGGGUUUUGGCAUUUACACUUCAGAUUUAUUUGAAACCAGAAGCGGGGACUUAAGCGAGGAAGAAUUUACAGAGAGAGGACCCCCAGGCACCUAAGAAAACUCUAACCCUAAUUAGUUCAUGGCUUUGUAGAAGGGGAAAAGAGAAGAGAUGGGUCGUCCUGAACCGUGUGUUUUGUUUGCUCACUCCUUUGUCCAUUCUCAUCUUGAUGAAUAUGUCGAUGAAGUCCAAUUUACAGAACCAGUCAUCAUCACUGCUUGUGAAUUUCUUGAGCAGAGUGCAUCGUCCUCCUGUCCAUCGGUUACAAUCACAGGAUCCAGUUCACCUCCUUCUUUUGCUCUAGAGGCUUUUGUUCAGUGUGAAGGAGAACCGCGGUUCAGGCGCUUAUGUCAGCCGUUCCUGUACUCGCAAUCUUCAUCAAAUGUUUUGGAAGUUGAGGCGGUGGUUACAAAUCAUCUCGUGGUACGCGGAAGUUAUCGCAGUCUGACUUUAGUCAUUUAUGGCAAUACAACAGAAGACAUGGGUCAGUUCAGCAUGGAUUUUGAUGUAGAUAGUUCAAUGACAAACCUAAUUUAUUCACCCGCCGAGGGAAAACUUGAGGACCUCCCACCUGCACUGCAACGAAUCAAGUUGUGUCCAGAGGAGUCUAUACUUCCUCUCAAGUCAUUGUUUUUUCUAGUUGCAGAACCAGAACUUGCAGUUGAAAUGAGACAGCUUUUGCGGAUAAUUCUAAGGAUCUGUCAGGUGUCUCAAGACGAGGAAACCAUACGCAAAGUAGUGAAAAUCUUUGUUUCAGCUGUUUCAUCAUUUCUUGCUGCGGAUUUAACUGGUAGAACAAUUGCUUUGAUGCAAGACAAAGGGAAUAAGUUGAGUGAAGGGAGUAAGGGUUUACAGAGCAUUCUUAUUGAGGCAAAAAAUGAGCUAUUUGAAGUUUAUAAAUUGCUUCCACGUGAAACAAUGAGUUCAUCAGCUGAAAUAUCAGGGGAAUACGUUCUUCUAGAAGAUGGGGUUGAACCAGACACUCAAGAACUGCUUACAGUUGUAUUAAAGCAGUAUUUUGAAGUUAAUGAAAAUUUACUGGAUACUGGCAUCUCAAUGCUUUCCAGGAAUGAGAAACUGGUUGUAGGGUUGAGCGCACUAUACCUAAUUUGCAGCACUGAAGAGCAUUUUUUUCAGUUUGUUAAUGGAGGUGGAGUGGAUCAUCUUGUUGGCAUCUUGUGUGAUGACAUGCAGAAAUCAACUGCUAUUCACUUGAUGCUACUUGGAGUUGUUGAACGUGCAACUAGAUAUGCCAUCGGAUGUGAAGGAUUCCUUGGGUGGUGGCCACAUGAAGAUGAACAUGUUCCAGCUGGAUGUAGCAAAAGUUAUAGUCGGCUCUUGAAGUUUUUGUUGUGUAAGCAGCGCCAUGAUGUUGCUUCUCUUGCAACAUAUAUUCUACACCGUCUUCGUUUUUAUGAAGUUGCAUCCAAGUUUGAGUCAGCAGUACUGUCGUUACUGGGAAGUAUAACAGCCGCUGGAAGACUUACAGAUAGUAGCACAAACACACUAGUUGCAGCCAACAAUGAGCUCAAGAAACUCCUGAAGUUGUUGAACAUGAAUUGGCCAAUUGAUGACCCUUCGCCUGUAGCUUCUGUAAGAGGGUCAUCGAUCCUUGACCAAGAAGAUGGCUUGUUGUCCUACAAAGCGACAAUUAAAAUGAUUGCAUCAUCUAAGUAUUCUUUUGCUCAUCGGGAGAUUGACGCUCACCUUUUGUCACUUUUGAAGGAGAGAGGAUUUCUUCCUUUAGCAGCUGCUUUAUUGUCAUCUCCUAUAUUACGUUCAGCUACUGGUCGUGCUAUGGAUUUCUUUGUGGAUAUCACAACAUCCUUUGGGACCAUAGUUCUUUCCCUUCUGUUUUGUCGUUCAGGUUUAAUCUUUCUUCUUCAUCAGCCUGAAGCUAGUGCAGCAAUGAUGCUUUCAAUGCAAGGUGUUGGAGAUGUGGAUAAGGCAGAAUGUUUACCAAUUAGAUAUGCUAUGGUCUUGUUAUCUAAGGGUUUCUUUUGUCGACCCCAGGAUGUUGGCGUGAUUGUUGAAACUCAUCUUCGACUGGCCAGUGCAAUUGAUCGAUUGGUCGGCGCUGCUCAUCAUUCUGAAGAGCUUUUAUGGACACUCUGGGAAUUGUCUGCUCUUUCCAGAUCUGAUUCUGGGCGUCAGGCUAUGUUGACUUUAAGGCAUUUUCCAGAGGCAAUAUCUGUUUUGAUGGAUGCAUUACGUUCUGUGAAAGAACCAGAUCCAGUGGGAUUGAGUAAUGGAACUUCACCUUUGAGUCUUGCAAUUUUCCAUUCAGCUGCUGAGCUUUUUGAAGUAAUUGUUACUGAUACUACGGCAUCUUCCUUGGCUUCUUGGAUUGAGCAUGCUGUGGAACUCCACAAGGCCCUACAUUUAUCUUCCCCAGGAUCUAACAGGAAGGAUGCACCUAUACGCUUAUUGGAAUGGGUGGAUGCUGGUGUAGUAUACCAUCGAAAAGGGGCUCUUGGACUUCUUAGAUAUGCAGCUGUUCUAGCUUCUGGGGGAGAUGCUCACCUAACUUCUUCAAGCGUAUUGGUAUCAGAUUCCAUGGAUGUUGAGAAUGUAGUCGGUGACUCAACAUCUGAUUCAGAUGUUCAGGUUGUCGAGAGUCUGCUUGGGAAGCUUGUAUCUGACAAUUUUGAUGGCGCCCCACUCCGUGAUUCUUCCAUAUCACAACUAACAGCAACAUUUAGGAUCUUAGCUUUUAUUGCAGGAAAUCCGGCUGUGGCUGCUGCACUAUAUGAAGAAGGCGCAGUUACGGUUAUUUAUAUUGUUCUCAUCAAUUGCAGGUUGAUGCUUGGGCAUUCUUCCUCUACAUAUGAUUAUCUUGUUGAUGAAGGAGCAGAAUGCAAUGCCACAUCAGAUUUACUCUUGGAAAGAAGCCGUGACCAGCGCCUUAUGGAUCUGUUGGUUCCGGCUCUUUUUCUUUUGAUUACCCUUCUGCAGAAAUUGCAGGAAACUGGGGAGCAACAUCGGAAUACAAAGCUAGUCAAUGCUCUUCUAUUUUUACACAGAGAAAUAAGUCCAAAAUUAGCAUCAUGUGCUGCAGAUUUGUCAUUCUCUUAUCCUGGUUCUGCUCUUGGUUUGGGAGCUGUUUGCCAUCUUCUUGUAUCUGCUCUUGCUUGUUGGCCUGUAUUUGGAUGGACACCUGGACUCUUUCAUUGCCUUCUAGAAAGCAAUCCUGCUACUGCGUCACUAGCAUUGGGCCCUAAGGAGGCCUGUAGUCUUCUCUGUCUUCUGGGAGAUCUGUUUCCAGAUGAAGGGAUAUGGCUUUGGAAGAGCGGCACCUCCUCUUUGAAUGCUCUGAGAACUUUAGGAGUAGGGGCAUCCCUGGGGCCUCAUGGUGAAUGGGAUGUCGAUUGGUAUCUACGCCCUCCUCAUUUUGAGAAACUGCUGAGCCAGUUGGCUCCAUUUUUUGAAAAGAUCUCUCAAAUUGUUCUGCAAUUUGCAUUUACGGCUUUGGAUGUUAUACAAGAUAUGCUUCGGGUAUUCACAAUUCGCAUUGCACGCCAGAAGUCUGAAUGUGCACUUGUCUUGCUUCGUCCAAUAAUUUCUUGGUUACGUGAUCAUGCUAUUGAAGCAUCUACUCCAUCGGAAACUGAUGUGUUCAAGGUGCAAAGGCUGCUUGAUUUUCUUGCUAGUUUGCUGGAGCAUCCAUCUGCAAAGACCUUGUUACUGAAGGAGGGGAUUGUUGAACUUUUAGUAAAGAUGCUUGGGAGAUGUUAUGUUCCGCACUUAACGGAUGGCGUACUUUCUGCCGAAUCAAAAUUUCCAGUUAAAUGUGACCUUGUUUGUUGGUGCUUGCCAAUUUUCAUAUCAUUUGCAUUGAUAUGUGACUCUGAAAUGCCCCUGCACCCAUCUGGAACUCUUGAGAAGUGCUUUGUUGGCUGCCUGAGUACUGAAGAUCUUUGCUCAAUUGCUCUUCAGCUUCUUAACUUCUGUCCGGUUUUGCCAGUUGGAGGGGAAAUGCGGGCAUGUCUUUCUGCCUUUAAAGCACUGGUUUCGCAAAAUCACGGAAGGGUUGCUUUAUCUUCUAUAGUUUCACGUAUUGAAACUUCAGUUGUUGAUGCUCAAGAUCCAGAUAAUGGGAAUGACAUGGAUCAGAGUGGUAUUGUCCCUGAAGAUUACUGGCGAAGGACCCCACCCCUUUUAAAUUGCUGGAAAAAUAUAUUGCAUUUCAUUAGUGCAGAAAAUCGGUGCUCCAUGGAUACCCUUGACAUUAUUAACAUACUUUCUUCGGGUGCUUUGUCCCUGUGUGCUUACGGUGAAAGUUUGCAGGGGAUCUCCAGCACAAAAUUUCUUUUUGGAGUGCGGUAUGGUUUUGAUGCUGCGAGUGGCUAUAAUGAAGAGAAGCUUAUUGUUGUGCACGAGAUGAUAUCCGUUUUGGACAAGAAAGCUAAUGAACUUAACAGUUUAAAGCCUUCAGUCUUGAAAAUAUUUUUAGAUCAGGUAAAGGGAACCAUAGCAGCUAUGCUCCUGCUGCUGGAGAAGCCUGUGGGUUCAAUUCAACCUGAAGAUGUCACCUCAAAAAGAGGUUCUUCAUCCCCAUUUAAUGAAAUUCUGGCUUCUUCUGAAGACUUGCUUCCUCAUCUAUCAGGAUCCUCAUUGUCUUUGAUGAAUAUGAUUGAGAAUGAAGCUGGAUUGUCAAUUUUGAGCAGCAAACAGUCGGUUGGGAAUGACAAGAGAACUGAUAGCUACUAUGACCUUGGGGGCCUUGGUGAUAAGUUUGUUUGGGAAUGCCCUGAUUCUUCACCCGAUAGACUCUCAAUGCCAGCUCCUUUGAGAAGGAAGGUUUCUUCGGUAGAGGGCUCAAAUAGGCGUCAACGAGGAGACAACUUGGGGGUUGAAAAUCCAAGCACAAGUGCACUUAAUCGAACAGGAAACACACCCAAUGUAACAUCUGGUCCUACUCGAAGGGAUACUUUUAGACAACGGAAACCGAACACGAGCAGACCUCCUUCUAUGCAUGUGGAUGACUAUGUUGCCAGAGAGAGAAACAUUGAUGGAGUCAGUAGUGGCUCAAACGCUACAAAUUCUAUUCAGCGUGGAGGGUCGAUGGGUGGAAGGCCUCCUUCAAUACAUGUGGAUGAGUUUAUGGCCAGACAAAAGGAGCGACAAAACCCUGCAGGUCUGCCGGUUACUGAUUUAUCACAGGUCAAGAAUAUGCCUCUUCAGAGUGACAAUGGCCCUGUGAAGAGCUCCAAGUCCCGACAGUUUAAAUCAGACCUUGAUGAUGAUCUUCACGAAAUUGAUAUUGUGUUUGAUGGGGAAACUGAAACUGAUGACGUAUUGCAAUUCCCACAGUCAGAUGAUAAUUUGCCACAAGCCCCUGUCAUCCUUAGUGAAAACAAUUCUCCAGGUUCAUUGGAUGUAGAGGCUGAUUCAGAUAUGAAAGAUAGUAAACUCUAUCGUCACUCAAGCAUGGAUUCUUCAAAUAGAAUAGAUGGAGAUGACAGCGCAGGAAAUUCCUCUCGACGGUCUCUCUCUAGAGCUGAAAGUUCAAGAGCUCGAGAUGUGGGCACACCUUCAGAGAAGAAACAUCAAGGGCUAGCUUCUGAAAUAUCUCUCUCUCGUGAGCAAUUUGAUGACAAAAGGAAUGCUAUUUCAUUUAACACAUCUCAGGGAUAUGCAACCAACACAAAUAAUUACUCAUUUCAAACUGAGCAAUUUUAUGAUAAAAGCUCUUCGUCACCUUCCAAACAAUCUUUUGGAGAUAUGAGGUUGGCUUCAUCAAAUUUUCAGUAUUGGGAUAGUCAACAUCAAACUGGUAAUAUUCCUAUAGCAAAUGCUUCUGGGUUUUAUGAUCAGAAACUUCCUCCAAACCAGCCACCUCUACCACCUUUGCCACCACCAUCAACUGUCUCAUCUGUUAUAAAUCCCCAAGUACUUGAGCCUCCUUUGAAACUUUCACCUGUUUAUAUCAAUCCAGCAAGAGACAUCCAUCCGCCAAUUCCUAGUCGCCACCCAUUUCAAGCCCUUGAAGUUAGUGGAGCUAGUACAACUUCAGUUCUAAUUAGAGAGGAUAGAGCUUUCAGUCACAACACUGCUGCUGGUUUGUUGUUGCCUCCACCUAGCUCUAGUGCAUUGUCAGAUUCUGUCCCUUAUCAGUUUUCAUCUCAAGUUCAAUCAGAUCCUCAAUCAGCAGCUGGCCAUCAUAUGACAUCUAUGAUGCUUCCCCACCCUGUUUUGGAUAAACCUCUUUGGAAUAGCACUUCUAGUGGUAGAUCACAUGAUGACGUGAAUGCUUCCUCCUCUGGUACUGGACGACCUCAACCUCCUCUUCCUCCUACUCCUCCACCAUUUUCAACACCUGGUAUACAAGCACCAGUUAGUUUUCCUACUUCUCAGUCAUCAAUUUACAGCAGCCAGACUAGUUUAGGUGCCCUUCCUCCAUCACCCAGUCCCCCGACAACAAUAUUAGGAACAAUGUCGUCAGCUGCCAAUAACCAAACUUCUAGUUUGCAGUCUCCUUUACCUUCUUUUGUUCCACCCUUGCCUCCAGGCCGGCCCAGUUCAUUACCUGCAAAUCCCUUUGGUAGUGCAACCAUGCAACAAGGUCAGAAUCAGCCAAGUCAAUCACAUUCGAUUCCAAGUGUUCAACCUUCUAUACAAUCAGUGCAACCUCGACCUCCACUACCUCCUCAACCACCACAUUUACCUCGCCCUCCUCUUCCUCCACAGCACCCUAGGCCACCUAUGCAGGUAUCCCAACAGCAAUCAGAGCGUGGGGUCUCAAUGCAACAAACCCCAAUUCAGUUGCAAGUGCAGCCUACACAAAUUCCCCAACCUCUUCAAGUACCUCAGAUUCAUGUUUUCUAUCAACCUCACCAGUCAGAACCUCACAUGCAGCAUCAGCCAACUCAAGUUGAGCAUAUUCAGGCACAGAAUUUGCAAAGCCAGGGAGAUCAGGCUCCUCAGCAGCAACAAGAGUUAGGCAUGAAUUUGGGUGCCUUGGAUUUUAAUAAUCCUGAAAUCAUUCAGUGGCUAUUGAGCGAUCAGGAAAGGCUUCGUCAACUACUAGAGCAACAUCCAAAAUUAAUGCAGAUGCUUCAGGAACGUAUGAAUCAAUAACAACAAACGAAUAGCUGCUGAGAUUGAAGCAGAGCCUGAAUAUUGAUGCUUGAAUUUCUUAGGCUUUUUCCUUUGUGAAGAAACAAAGUAAUCACAAGCUUCUUGUCUUAAGAAGUCAUGGAGCCAAGGAAGCUUUUGCUGUGGCCGGCCAAGAAUGUUUUUUUCGGAUUCUGGCAUGUAUGUUAUAUUUCAAUGUAACUAUGUUUUGAAACUUUUCGUUGUAUUUGUUUCCCAAUUCAUUGACCUUUAUAUUAAGAUAAACCCCAUAUAAGCUUUUAUUCAUUAUAAAGCUCUCUCUACAAGCCCAGUUAAACUUUUAUAUUCCUCUUAGUUUGAGAGUUAGAACCCGCUUCAAUUGAGAAGAAACUGAGCGGAUUGUAUCAGAAAUUAUUCAUGUAACUUUUAAAAUUGUAUAUAUCAUGAAUCUACGAUUUUGUUUCUAUA